UCCACCUACCGUCAGUUUUAAGUAAUAAUUUGACAUUAUAGCCACUGUAGCUUCAAAAUAGACAUUUUUUCUGUAAAUUUUCACAAGAAGUUGUAAUCCUUUUUCGGAUGAGUGAGACAGUUGAAGAUGUAGUGAUCGAGGAGGGAGAAAAGUGGGGCUUCCCUCUCAAAGAGAUCUAUCGGCUUUCACUUAAAUUUUACAAAGAAAAACUCGGGAAAGCGGUCUACAUUAGUUAUGAGGACAAUUUAAAACUUGUGGCUUUCACACAGCAAGCAACACAUGGGCCUCUUGACUUCCAGAACACUCCGCCGGUUGGUGUUUUGGAUGUAAUUGGACGCGAUAGACGCCUGGCUUGGCAGCAACUUGGACAAAUUGGUCGAGGUCAUGCAAUGCAAGGAUUUAUCGAUCUUCUGGACCGUCUUUGCCCUACGUUCAAACCAUACGUUGAAGCUAUUCGCAAAGACAAGGAGGAGAAAGUGAAGCAAGCUGAGCAAGAGAUGCAACUCGAACGAGACCGUCAAGAAUUAGAACGAUUGAAGGUAGAGGAACAAAAAAAAAUUGAUGAUGAGAAAAAUCGUGCAGAGCAGCAAAAGCGGCAGCUACAGAAUAUGCUCAAUCAGCAGACUUUUCAUCAAUUCAAAGCUUAUGCUGAAAAACAAUUUCCGGGAAAUCCAGAUCAGCAGGCCCAUCUCAUACGUCAGCUUCAAAAUGAGCAUUAUCAUCAAUAUAUGCAGCAACUACAAGUUCAAGUCACGCCCGAGGGCAUAAACAAAAUCCAAACUAAAGUAUGUAGCACGGAAAAUUCUCUUGAAAGGGCUGAAUUAGCCACGGAAGCAGAAGAGAAUCAAUACCAAAGUGAAAAUGAGGAAUCAUUUGAGUAUCCAGUAAUAAGUCGAGCUAGUAUGUGGACAAGAUCCGACUUAAAAGCAUUCAAAGCAGAAGUUUCUGCCGGAUCAGGAGAUGGAGUAAUUAGAGUUGGGCAUGGUGACACAGUGACAGUCCGUGUUCCUACACAUGAGGGUGGGUCUUGCUUAUUCUGGGAAUUCUGCACAGACAACUAUGAUAUCGGCUUUGGAGUAUACUUCGAAUGGGGAAAAUCCUACACAUCCGAAGUUUCUGUGCAUAUAAGCGAGAGCGACGACGAGGAAGAUCUUGGAGAGGAUGAGGAAGAUCUCGAAUCAUCUGACAUUGCUACAGUAGAUGACUUAGAGUCAGGUCCAUUGCAGACAACAAUCCCAUCGUCUCUUCAAAAUAAACCACCAGUCUCUAUUAUUGUUCCCAUUUAUCGUAGAGAUUGUCAAAAUGAGGUUUACGCUGGUUCACAUGUUUAUCCCGGAGAUGGGGUGUACCUCCUCAAAUUCGACAAUUCUUAUAGUUUAUGGCGAUCUAAGACCCUAUAUUAUCGAGUUUUUUACACUCGAUAAACUUUCCUGUAUGACACACUACUCAACACACUUAUAUAUGUAUAUAUAACUAAUACAUAAUUUAGGUAUACCUAUCUAAAAAAAAUUAAUGUUAAACACUGAGAGUGUAAUGAAAAUUGAUAUAAUAAAUGUAUAUCAAGGUGACAUAAA